AUGGGCAGACUGGACGACGCCGCCAAGCGCAAGGUGGUGGAGCUGCGGGAAGCAGGCCUGAGCUUCCGGAAGAUCAAAGCCGUGCUGGAGCUGGAGAACAUCAAGGUGUCCGCGCAGGCCAUCUACCUUUUCCUGAAGGAGUUUCAGGGGAGAGCUCGAAAGGAGGACGGAGCAGCUGGGAACAGCGGAAGCCUCUCUCGAGUCGCCGCCUCCCAGCAGGCCGCGGCGUCCUCCGACGGGAGGGGAGGGCCGUCGUCUGGGACGGGUUCGGCGGGCAUGAGAGAGGCUCAAGGCAGGGAGAAGGAUGAGGAUAUCCGGAUUGUCAGCGUCACCUCGUUGGCUCAGGGCGCGCAGCACGCUGGCGUCCAGGGGCCACGCUCCGGAGUGGGGGCCGGAGCGAUGAGUGCUGCUAAUUACACGAGACGACGGCACGCUCCUUCACCUGCCAAUCCUGUGCUAGUGGCUCGCAAACGACUGCUGGACAAGGCUUUGCUCCACAGAGCACGGGUCAGAGACAGCGUUCCUCAGAGCGGCCAGCAGAUGUCCCUGUCAGUGAGACGAGACCCAGCUUGUUUCCCCGGAUCUGAAGGCAGAAAGCUUGCUUUACCCCAGACAUCAUCUUAUGACCUGACCACAGCCAGACCUCCAAACAUAAGAUCAUUGCACCAAGGAGCCAAUCCUCACAGGAGGUGGAUGCACCAGCGCGUUGGCGUUCCCGUUCGCGCCCCACAGCAGCCUCCGCGCGUCGGCAUCCGCCUGCCCGACCCCUCCUCCUCGGCUGGGACAACAUCCCAGAACCCGGCGCCCCCUGCGCGAGUCCAGAACGCGAGCAACCAGCCCUCGCCUCCUCCCCAGCGGAGCGGCCUGGACCCCGGAGUCGCGAGCGGCCUGCAGGAGCAGAUCCAGCUGCUGGGCUCCGAGCUGAGAAGUUUGGGACUGGCUCUGAGGAUGAUGGUGGACCACCAGGCCCGCUUGGAGAGAGAACAAGCCCAGCAGACUCAAGUCCAGAAACAGAUCCUCGGCACCCUGCAAGAUCUCGCUUCCAAAUUCGAGCCGCUGCGGUCCACGUCGGCGCCGGCGCUCCCGGCGUCUUGCUCCCUGGCCUCCUCGGCGCCCUUCGGCCAGGCGGCGAGCGCUCAGGGCGCUUACGCUCAGUGCAGCCAAGCUCAGACGCGAUACAACGAAAUCCACGAUUCCGGUCUGGAGAGCAUCGAGGUGUUUUCUCUGGACCAGCUCAGCCCGCCCAGCAUGAACGGCUUCCAGCAGUGCCCGACCUCCGGCGGGCCCCCGUUCACCCACGCUCAAGCGCGCGCGCCGGCCUUCGCGCAAGCACACACUCAAACGUUUGCGCCCCAGUACACAGACUCCUUCCCGGGGAUGGAUAAGUCGUCCGUAGACAUGCCCUCGACUGGCGCGGACGGGUCCUUCCAGGCCUGCAGCCCUCCCAACCAGUCCUCCAGUCUUCCGGUUUCCCCGCACGAGCCCGAGCUGAACAUCAUUAAGGUGGAGAACGUCUGAAAAAAAAAUCUGGACCGUUUGGGUUACGGUG